UAGGGUUAAAGCUCCCCGGACCUAGAAUUCGGCUUGAUGGAUGCAGAAUACACUCGGUAGGUAAAAUUCUUACCCCCCCCCCCCCCACUGGUGCCUCGGAUACCCACUGGAGUUCUAGCUGCGGGCUUAAUCACUUGUGGUUCGGCAUGUCGAUAAUACUGGAAAAUACCCUCCCCUGUGCCUUACAAAACAUUAUUAGGCAGGCAGGGAUGUGUAUUUUUUUUACCGGUUUUAUCGACAUCGCCGAGUACGAAGCAACGAUUCUUAAGGCGAAUGGGAAUUAAUCGUAUCUACAGGUCCGAACAACUUUGGAAGGGAAAUAUCCGCAUGUUAGGAGAGUACGGCGGUCACUCUUGUCCUGAUGUAUUGCAUGUUGGCCAUUUUAGAGCUAGCUCCCCCAAGGGUGCACAUGGUACGCCCAACCGAAAAUUGAGGAGGAAGACAGGAUCUAAAUAACGAUAUCGUGCUAGCGACACCCCCGGCAGAUUGGACGUACUCUCACCACGAGGUCCAGACGCUCAUCCCCCAUGGAAAAGGGAUCAUCGAGCUCAUACGAUCGGAUCCCGAGAAAGCAAUAGCAGAGCUUAAAGCUAAUAAUUUUGACGGGAUAGCCUUUUAUGGAGCAUCUGGCAUCCGGUAUGUUUUGCAUAGACUAAACCCGAUCCCACCCCGAAACCAUCGCAUCGCUGCGUCUAUGACCUCGCCCGGGGACAGCUGAUUCAUAGCCCUUUCCCCCAGAAAAACACAAACAGCCGUCCAGUUUAUGCAGGCAUGCUGCCAGCAUAUCUACAACAUAUUCUGGGCAGAUGCAAGUACUCUUACUACCAUAACAACACAUUUCCAGUACACCUCAGAUCUCCUGGAAAUUGAUGCUAGGUGUGAUACAAGCCCCCACACCAGAUUAGCCAACCAGAUGCGUAACGGCGCACAAGUAGCCCCAGGAUCCACCAACAAACGGUUCUCAACCCACGACAAUCUCACCGAUAAAACUGCCUCCACGAAAGACACCGGAAGCAGCAUGGAAAACGGCACCAGCAGCAGCCGAGAAAAUCUGCCCCCAACUAUAAGAUCCAAACUCGAAUCACCCUCCACAGGAAAUUGGCUUUUAGUCCUCGACAACCUCACAGAGGAAGCAGCCAUCGCAAAGUCCCUCCCCAAGACCCCAAAUGGCACGAUAAUCGUUACGACAAGGUCUCUCCAGCUAGUUUCCAGGCUAGACUGUCGGGCUGUCGGAGCGCGGAGAAUGAGUCCUGGUAGUGCGGCGUUACUGUUCGAGAUAAACUACCUCAAUCCAGAAGGGUCAGAGAUGAAGCAGGACGAAGCCAUGGAGCUGGUGGAGUUUCUGGAGUAUUUGCCCGCCAAAAUUGCGGAUGCGGCGCUAGACAUGAGUAAAAACCGUGUUUCGGUGCGGGAGUAUCUGGCCGAACUGAAGGCGGUGAGGAGACUCUUGGAGAGCAGCAGGCCUUGGAGGUGCUCCAGGCCUGAUUGGAUUUACGGGUGCUGGAACGGGGCGGCACCAGCGGUGGCUUGGGGUUGCUUUGUAAUUUUUUCAAUUUUGUCCGCGUGGGCAAUCGGUUUUAGAAGAGGAUGACUUUUUGUUGUACUCUACGUACGAUAUCAUACGUCGUGGAUAGCUCAUUACGGAUCUUUUUUAUAUAUCUCAUCAGCUAUAAGCUCCUCUCUGCGGAGGGCGGUGGACUGUCAAGCUUUACGAUAAUACCCUCAUUAACACCCG